AUGUCGAUCGCACCUCAGAGAGAGGUGGCGCGGGAGAGCGGCGGUGGGCCAUUCUUGUACCCGCAGUUGAUGACGACAAACUACACGAACUGGGUGAUUCGCGUGCAGGCGAUGAUGGAAUAUCAAGGCGUCUGGGAGGUAGUCGAGCCAGCGGCAGGUGCGGCUGUCGACGAGAAGAAGGACAAGAAGGCGAGGUCGCAUCGGUUCCAAGCGCUCCCGGAGGAUCUCCUGAUGCAGGUGGCAAGGGAGAAAAUUGCAAAGGAGGAGGGAGAGAGCCUGUACCAGUAUGCCAGAAGGUUCAAUAACAUGUUCGUCAGGUACGCAAACCAAGGGGAGACGCUCGACGACGCUGCAUUGGUCAAAAAACUAUUUGACAUCGUGCCGGAUCGAUUCCUGAGUAUAGUAGUAACCGCGACCGGGGUGGUCGUGGAUGCGGCAGAGGUCGUGGCAGAGAUGGUUGUGGCGGGAUGUCGCCGCAACAAGAGCCACAUCAAAUGUUUCAACUGCCACAAGAUGGGGCACUAUGCGAACGAGUGCAAGGCACCGAAGAAGAAGGAAGAGGAGACACAUCUCACUCAUGCUGACGACAUUGAGACGGCCCUGCUACUCGUGGUGUCAGAAGAGCCAGCACAAGAACAGCAGCACCAGCGAGGAGCCAUGCUGUUGAAUAAGGAGAAAGUGAAGUCGGAACUGCGCGACACAACGGAGGGAGGCUCCAGCUCUGAGAUAUGGUACCUAGACAAUGGGGCUAGUAAUCACAUGACCGGUGUCAAAGAGAAGUUCAGAGAGCUGGACGAAAGUGUCACUGACAAGGUGAAAUUCGUGGAUGGUUCCACGGUGCAGAUCAUGGGCAUAGGGUCUGUUGUGUUCAGCUGCAAGAACGACGACUAG